AUGGGCAUCGCGACGUUGGACCUGCGUCCGGGGGUGGGCCUGGGGCCCUUCUCGCUCGGUGCGCUCCCCCAAGCCCGCUCCUCUUACUCGUCCUCUUCCGCUGCGCGCGCUCUGCGCUCCCCGCUACGGAAUCUCCCCCGCCCGCCGCUGUCCCACCCACGCCCCCCUCGUUUCCUUGCUUUCUCUCAACCGCUCUCGCUCUUCACGGGUUCUCUUCGCGUUUCUUCGUCGCCCGCUGGUAACCACAUUCCCGCUGCUCUUUCCCCCACACGUGUCUCCCCUACUCGCAUGGCGGUGUGCGAGGCGUUGGCGGAGGUGGAGGCGCAGCUGGGCGUCUUCGACAGCAUCGUCGUUAACUACUGCCACCAGGAGCCUCUAUCGCGGGACAUAGUCAUCGCCUUCCCGCACCUCGGUUUCCGCCUCUGCUUCGACCCACACGUGCAGCGCCUGCACCGCAUAGACGUGGCGGACAUCUCUCGUCUGCACCUGCGAUUCGGAGCCUCGCUGCUCGGAGGCCCCAUGCAGGCGCCCACGUUCGCGCACGUGUAUGCUGUGCUCGGUCACACCUUCCCCGGCGCCUACAGCGCUCAGGCAUGGCUUUGCUCUUCCCCAUCGCAGCGCCGCACCAGCACCUAUUCCACCACCCCACACACGGUCAGGGCCUUCCUACCUCGCUCGCUCAUGCCCUCUCAACGCCACUCUCACGCUACCUCACUCAUACCCUACCCUCGCGGCUCCCCGCGCCUCUCUCUCCCCGAAUCUCUUUUCGCCCCCCCUAGCCUCUCGCUCUCUCUCAACGCCCUUGCUGCACCCCGCUUUCUGCCAGACAGCUCAGCGCCCCGCCUCUCCCAAGUGCUGCUUUACCUGCUGGGGGAACCCACUUUCCACUCCUCUCCCCCUCUCUCUUUUCCCAACCCUUCCCCCUUCUCCCUCCCCUUCUCCCUCCCCUUCUCCCUCCCCUUCUCCCUCCCCUUCUCCCCUCCUCCCCCAGACCUCCCCAUGCAGCUGCCAGACGGCUCUGCGCCCCGCCUAUCGCAGGUGCUGCUGCACCUGCCGGGGGAGCCUGCUCUCCCUGCGCAGGGGGCGGGGGGGACAGGGGGCGUUGGGGGCGAAGGGGGCACAGGGGGGACUGUCGAGGGCGGGGAGGGGGAGGGGUUGCGGCGGGCAGCAGAGCGGUUUGCGUCGCUGCCGCUGGUGAUGGCGAAUGGGGCCGUGUACAUGGAGGCCCUCGUGGUGCAGGUGAGGGUGGUGUUGUGGCGCAUGGCCACUGUAUUAAACAAGUAUAUGAGCCUGCACGCGAGGGUGAUGGCGACCGGGGCCGUGUACAUGGAGGCCCUCGUGGUGCAGGUGGGUGCAGGAGAUGAGACGAGCUUGUGGGAGAGAAGGCCAGGCUUCAUGUGGGGCGGGCGGAAGGCAGGGGAAAUGGGCGUGCAGUGCAGUGCAGGUUGGCGACCGCUGGGAGAGGCAGUGCUCUUCUCACAGGGCGGGCAGCGCAUUGCCUUUGGGGACUCAAGGAGGCACCUCAACCCCCCUUCCUCCCUGACCCUCUCUCCCUUCCCUGCCCCUCUUCUCUCUUCCCCCAUACUCGCACCAGCUGGGAGAGGCAUGCUCUCCUCACAGGGCGGGCAGCGCAUUGCCUUUGGGGACUCAAGGAGGCACCUCAACCCCCCUUCCUCCCUGACCCUCUCUCCCUUCCCUGCCCCUCUUCUCUCUUCCCCCAUACUCGCACCAGCUGGGAGAGGCACUGCUCUUCUCACAGGGCGGGCAGCGCAUUGCCUUUGGGGACUCCGCGCAGGUCAGCUGCCCCCAUGCGCUCCUCUCCUCCUGCCCCUCUCCGCCCACCUGCCACUCCUUAACAACCGCUCUCUCUCUUCCCACCCACAUGUAUCCUGGAGGCACACACUUGACUCCUUGCUCACUUCUCUCCUCGCCCUUGUGCGCCCGUCUCUCACCUUUCUCUCCUCCCUUGCCUACCUCCCGUGCGUACCUCCCUUUGUGUCCGCGUCCGCCAUCUCGCCCCCUCCUCUUUCCCCCCGCCAGGACGUAUGGUCGGAGCUGGGGAGGCCGUGCUGCAUGGGCGCCAAGCAGGUCAUGCACGCCCUCAGCGCUAACUCCUCUCCCUUCCCCCCCCCCCCUGUGCGCCGCUCCCCUCUGCAGGACUCUGCCAAGGCAAUUCACUCCGCCCGUGCCCCGCCCCUCUCCUUCUCCCCCUCCUCGCCCCUCGUCUCCUCCCCCUUGCCCACGCUCUCCCCCUGCUCCACUCCCCCGGACUACAUCUGGAGCUACUACACCCGAGGGCUCGAUAUUAUCUUCAGUGGCCAGAGCUACGAGGUGCGCAAGCUGGUGUUGCACACCAACCUACCGGGCCAGCCGGAUUUCAACGACUACGUCAAGUGCAACUUCCGCAUCCCCGCGCCCCAUGCACCCCCAGAUGCCCCUGCCGGGUCCGACCCAUCGCUCUGUAUAACUCCUGACUCCAAGUGGGACCAUGUGCAGAAGCUAUUCGGGGGAGGUGGACGAGCGGCCAUACAGACCGCAGGGGCCUUGCACAGGGCCUUUGGACCCACCUUUGUAUACGGCUUCCGCCACGUGGCAUUUGAGGUGUUGAAGAAUGGACACAUCUGGCUCCUGCGGUACGACGACCGCCGCCAACUUCCUUUUUUCGCUCUCGCCCUUCCCGCGGUCGCCACGUCGUUUCGUCACUGCCUGCGUCUCGACGUCUCAAAAACCGCAUCGUCCGGUCGUCUGCUCUGCUCCCACCCCAUUCGUCAAUGUUCGUCGGACCACACUCUUAUCUUUCCAAACCUCAUCUCUCCCACCCCCCGCAUUCUCCACCGGCCCCCCACCUCCUCCCCGUUCCCUUUCCCGUCCCCCGCCACCUCUCCCUUCCCCCCAACAGGCAGCAGCUGGGCGAUGGCGGCGGUGACGGCGGUGGAGCUCGCAUACGCCGUGGCGCGCAACGACUCGUGCGACAUGCAGGCGCCGCGUUACCUGUCGACGCAGCAGGUGCUGAACUGCGGCGACAGCAAAAAGGGCAACUGCACGGGCGGCUGGCCCACGACUGCGCUGGACUAUGUUGUGAAGACGACGGGGAAAUACGGGGGUAUGGUGAAGAAGCAGGCGACGGCCAUCGGCAUCCGGUCAUACGAGAGCAUCGACUACUACGGCUGGCUCGGCCUCAUCCUCGCCGUGCAGGUGCAUCCGGCCAUCGCGCUGGUGAACUCCAAGCCCGACUCCUUCCGCAACUACCAGUCGGGCGUGUACGCGGAUUCGUCGUGCGCGGAGGGGCAGGUGGACCACGCUGUCGUGGUGAUGGGUUAUACCUUCGCGUCGCCCGGACCCCUCUGGAUCCUCAAAAACUCAUGGGGCAAGACGUGGGGCAUGCAGGGAUACAUGCAUCUGGCCAUGCAGGGCGGGCUGGGGGCAUGCAACAUCCACUCUGUGCCUGCACUCGUGCCCGUCAUCCGCAACUCGGAUCCGUGCAGCCUGCUGGUGAACCCCUGUGGCGGCGGAGAGUGCAUUUCGCGCGACAGCGGCAAGUACAAGUGCAACUGCCCGCCUCAAUUCGUCAAAGUCAAGAACUCCGACGGCACCGAGUCCUGCACGCCAGUGGUGGUGUGCACGCGAGCGGACAUCAACCCGUGUGGAGUGGGCACGUGUCUCAAUGACGGCAAGGGAACGCACACCUGCCUCUGCCCGCGCGGAUUCACGCUCGGCACCAUCGCUGUCGGCUCUGACACCUGCGUGCCCUCGGACAAGACCAUAAAGAGCAUCAAGGUGCCGCUGACGGUGCCGGCCAAGGUGGUGUACGGGCUCUAUGGCAUUCCCAAGGACCAGUUCUACGACCAGAACCCCGACCUGGACUCGGACGACAGCAAGAUAAAGAAGGGCAAGAAGGUGAACGUGAAGGCCACCUCGGAUACCAUCAACUGCGAUCUCUUCUACCCCUGGAACUGGGGCAAUCGCUGUGGGCCGGUGGCAGCACUGUUUGGCAUCACCAUCGCUCGCCUCCAGGACCUCAACCCGGGCCUCACCUGCCCCACCGGGGCGUACCCGGGCCAGCAGAUCUGUGUGCGGGAGGGAAGCGGCCUGGCCAUCCCGCUGUGUGCGCAGUAUCACGUGAUAGCGCCCCCGGACACGUGCAGGAGCAUCAAGCAGCAGUACUCGCUCUCCUGGUCCACCUUCUUCGCCCUCAACCCUGGUGUCUUCUGCGCCAACCUCUACCCCGCUGCCACCGUCGAUGGACAGAACUCCAUCCCCAGUGGCGCACAGAUCUGUUUCCAAUACAACACACGCCGCAUGGCCUCUCUCAACAACGGCUACGUGUGCACCAACGCUCGGCUCUUUGUCGGCCUUGUGCUGUGCACCUUCCGCUAG